CGGAGGAUCUCGGACCGCUAACCCGUUCUUCCGAGCUCCUCAUAUGGCGAAUGGCGGACUCAGCCUCUUCGGGACCCGGAGUACCGCGGAGUCCGCUGGGGCGAUUUAAUGGCUGAGUCCCUCGCGCGACGGAGGCCGAGGCUGGCAGACGGGAGGGGGCCUGGAGGGGAGUGAGAAGGAAGGAAGGAAGGAAGGAUUGAGGCAGGGGUUUCAAUUAUGGCAGGUCCAGAAUCUGACAGUCAGUAUCAAUUCACUGGUUUUAAGAAAUACUUCAAUUCAUACACCCUUAAUGGCAGAAAGAAUUAUGUGCUGGCCACUUAUGGAGGAAUCGCGUUGCUCAUACUUUACUUCAAGACAAGGUCUAAAAAAACUCCAGCUGUGAAAGCAACAUAAAUGGAGUCCAGUAUGUGUGUGUGUGUGUAUGUGUAUACUUUGUCCAUCAUCAAGUUCCCUGGCUGGAGGACCUGCUGUCAACUUAGCAUGUGAUCUAUAGUUCUUGAAAUAAAACAUGAACUCAGAAAA